ACACCUACGAUACUCACCUGCCAAACACCAACGCAGCGUCACUGAUGUUUUAUGAUUGUUUUAGAUUCACAGAGAGUUUAUAAUAGAGACAAUACGGUCACAGGGUUCUGACGUGAUUGUUGGGCCUUCAUGGAAACAGGUUUUGCUCGGCUUCACUGUUUCAACUGUGGCUCCCCGGUCUGUUCCCGGAGUGAACUAGAGCCUGUAUGUUUGGAUAAACCUUCUUUUAUACAGUCAGUGGGAUAAACGUGUUAAAGUGGAAACUUUGGUUUCGCCUCAGACUCAUCUCCUGUUAGCCACGAAUGCUAACUGAAGUUAGCUUAGCUUGCUAGCUGGAAAUAGACGGAACUCGGCCACACAGCGCUGGUUGGAGGAACUCUGAGUCCAAACUGUGUUUUUCAUUUGUUUAAAAUGUCUAAAGUCCAGAUGCUGAGAGGUUUUAUCAACCAGCGACUAACUGCGGCUGCUGAAGAGAUAUUUGGGCUGUUUGAAAGAACGAUAUCAGAGUACGAGGAGGAACUCUGUCGUUCCAAAGAGGAGAACCAGAGACACAGGAAACUACUGGACGCUGUUUUCCAGCCUGAAGUCCGGUUACACAGAGCAGCUGUCCAGCAGCUGUUGGUUAGUAAAGAAGAGGUUCCCCCUGAGCAGCAGCAGCAGUGGAGCCCCAGGCUGGACCAGGAGGACCCACCAGAGCUGCCACACAUUAAAGAGGAACAGGAGGAACUCAGGACCAGUCAGGAGGGAGAGCAGCUUCCAGGACUGGAGGAGGCUGAUAUCAUCGCGUUCACAUUCACUCCUGUCCCUGUGAAGAGUGAAGAAGAUGAUGAAGAGAAACCUCAGUCCUCACAGCUUCAUCAAAGCCAAACUGAAGAGAAGAGAGAUGUAGACCAUUUGAAAACAGAAGCUGAUAGAGAGGACUGUGGAGGACCAGAACCAGCCAGGAACUUUAAUCCAGAUAGUCCUUUACAACCAGAUACUCAUGACAAGACUUCACUCUGCUCUGAACUUGAGACUGAUAACAGUUGUGAUUGGGAGGAGACCAGGGAACCUCAGCCAGGUUUAAACCCUCUGCAAAACAAUGAAUUCAGUUACAAUGAAACUGUAAAUCUGCUGAACCACAAUGGAACCCAAACAGGAGUGAAACCAUUUAGUUGCUCAGUUUGUGGUAAAAGAUUAAAAACAAAGGCACAUUUGAGACUACACUCUACAGUCCACACAGGGGAGAAACCAUUUAGCUGCUCAGUUUGUGGUAAAAGAUUCUCAGAAAAUGGAAAUCUGAGACGACACUCAAAAGUCCACACAGGGGAGAAACCAUUUAGCUGCUCAGUUUGUGGUAGAAGAUUCAUAGAAAAGGCAAAGCUGAAAGAACACUCAAACAUCCACACAGGGGAGAAACCAUUUAGCUGCUCAGUUUGUGGUAAAAGAUUCACACACAAGGCUAGUCUGAGACAACACUCAAAAGUCCACACAGGGGAGAAACCAUUUAGUUGCUCAGUUUGUGGUAAAAGAUUCACACAAAAGGAAAAUCUGAGACUACACUCUACAAUCCACACAGGGGAGAGACCAUUUAGCUGCUCAGUUUGUGGUAAAAGAUUCUCAAGAAAGGCAAAUCUGAGACGACACUCUACAGUCCACACAGGGGAGAAACUUUUUAGCUGCUCAGUUUGUGGUAAAAGAUUCACAUUAAAGGCAAAUCUGAGACGACAUUCAAAGGCAAAUCUGAGAGAACACUCAAAAGUCCACACUGGAUAAACAUUUUAGCUCCAAUGUUUGUGGUUAAAUAUUCACGUGGCUCCACAAUGUCAAAAGAGACGCAAGUGUGUUGGUGGGAUCAACGCUGCUUCUUGAACAUUGAUCAGCUAAAAGUUGUGUUCAGCCACAUGUUUUCCUGGCAUAGUGUAUAAUAAUACAUGUUCAUUGUUUUAAAA